AUGACCCCUGCAAAUACCUUGUUCGAAGCUCUUGAAACUUUAUCUUUCGAGGCAAGAGAACUUUAUUUGAGUUCGAAGGUGCCAAGGCUUCAAAAAGCCCCUAGUCCAUUAGAGUUUUUGAGAAAUUGGGUAAACCCAAAUAUUCCGGUUAUAAUCCAGAACGCAUUCAACGAUUGGCCAGCGAUUGAGAAAUGGAAUAACGAUUACUUACGACAGAAAAUAGGGCACAGAACGGUGACCGUCUCCGUGACACCAAAUGGCUAUGCUGAUGCUGUUGUAGGAGACAAGUUCGUUAUGCCAGAGGAACGCGAGACGAAGUUUUCCAAAUUCUUGGACAUCCUAGAAGGGAAAAUUCAAGAUCGAGGGAUCUUUUACGUUCAGAAACAAAAUUCUAAUUUAACUGACGAAUUUCAGGAAUUGUGCGCUGAAGCAGCUUCCGAUAUUCCCUGGGCAACGGAAGCUUUUGGUAAAAAUCCUGAUGCUGUAAACUUUUGGAUGGGAGACAAAAGAGCCAUCACUUCAAUGCAUAAAGAUCACUAUGAAAACUUAUACUGCGUGAUUUCAGGUAGCAAGACAUUUACACUAUUGCCUCCAACUGACCUUCCAAUGAUUCCAUAUGAACUUUACACACCUGCUAGAUUCAAAGAAACAGAUAAUGGAAAUUUUGAGAUCGUUGACGAAAGAUCUGAAAAUCACGUUACAGAACUUCCGCCUUUGGCUAAAGUGCCAUGGAUCGCUAUUGAUCCCUUAAAUCCCGAUCUUGAGAAAUAUCCAAUGUAUAGUAAUACUUCUCCUGUGACGUGCACAGUGAAUGCCGGCGAGAUGCUUUAUCUACCCUCCUUAUGGUUUCACCAUGUACAACAGUCACAUGGAUGUAUUGCUAUAAACUUUUGGUAUGAUAUGGAAUAUGAUAUCAAGUAUAACUACUUUAAAUUUGUAGAGAGUGUGUCGGACAUUGCCAAAAAGGAAUUGGCGAAUUGA